AUGACAAGCGCACGUUGUCUAUCCACCUUUGAUAAGCACCGUGAGAUUUUUGAACAACUUGGCAUUGACAAGACCAACAACAAAGGUGUAUUUGAUGGUGAAUGGAAAGGCUCUGGAUCCAUCAUGCCUUCCAUCAAUCCUGUCAACAACGAAGUCAUGGCCGAAGUCGUAACGGGAUCCACCGACGAUCUCAAUACCGCCCUUGACCGUGUAGCCGAAGCUCAAAAGAUCUGGCGAGAAAUGCCGGUUCCUAAACGUGGUCAAGUGUUGCUGGCGAUGCGUGAUGCGCUUGUAAAGAACCUUUAUCCAUUGGGCAAACUGGUCGCCCUUGAAAUGGGCAAAAUUUUACCAGAGGGGGUGGGCGAAGUGCAGGAAUACGUCGAUAUCCUUGAAUAUGCCUUGGGUUUAUCACGCACACUUUCAGGAGCGCUGAUCCCCUCUGAACGUCCCGGCCAUGUCAUGCUUGAAACAUGGAAUCCUCUUGGAACCGUCGGUGUCAUUAGUGCUUUCAACUUUCCAGUGGCGGUGUACGGUUGGAACAGUGCAUUAGCGUUGGUAACUGGCAAUGGUGUCCUGUGGAAACCGGCCCCCACAACGCCAUUGACUUCGAUUGCUGUGACUCGGUUGCUUGAGAGAACGCUGAGGGAUCAUCAACUUCCUCCGGCCUUGUGUUCUCUGGUGACAGGUGGCACGGAGGUCGGUGCCGGAUUGGCCCAGGACAAGCGAGUGAACUUGUUAUCGUUUACAGGAUCGACCAACGUCGGUAGAAAGGUGGGACAGGUCGUCCAGGGCCGAUUUGGCAAAUCUAUUUUGGAACUCGGUGGCAACAAUGCCAUCAUUGUCAUGGAAGACUGUGACCUGGAUUUGGCCGCUCGAGCGAUUUUAUUUGCCGCGGUAGGCACGGCCGGUCAACGAUGUACCACGACGCGCCGAUUGAUCGUGCAAGAGUCCAUUUACGAUACGUUGAUUGAACGUCUUGUCAAAGCGUAUGCGCAGGUCAAAGUCGGCGAUCCCUUGGAUGAAGGCGUCUUGUGCGGACCUUUGCACACCAAAGACGCCGUGGGAGUUUACGAGCAGGCUCUCGACAAAGUCCGACAGCAAGGCGGCGAGAUUCUGAUUGGCGGCCAGGUUCUCAAGGACGGUCCGCUCAGUCAAGGCAAUUUUGUUGCUCCCACCUUGACCAAAGUCACUCCCGAUAUGGACAUUGUCAAGAAUGAAGCCUUUGUCCCCAUCCUUCACACCAUGACCUUUAAAACCCUGGACGAGGCGAUUGCUAUUAAUAACAACGUUGCGCAAGGAUUAUCUAGCUCCAUUUUUACCAACAAUCCUUCGACCAUUUUCAAAUGGAUUGGUCCUGCCGGUUCGGACUGCGGUAUCAUCAACGUGAACAUUCCUACGAAUGGAGCCGAAAUCGGUGGUGCCUUUGGUGGAGAAAAGGAAACUGGCGGUGGCCGUGAAAGCGGCAGUGACAGCUGGAAACAGUACUGUCGACGUGGCACAUGUACCAUCAAUUACUCGGGCGCUUUGCCAUUAGCCCAAGGCAUCAAUUUUGGUUAA